GCGGUAGUUGUCAAAUAGAUAGAUUGCAAAAAAAUGGAUUCUGACAACAAUGACGCGGCGGAAGUAGUAGAGGAGUCGGAGGCUGUGGAAGAGGAUGCGGGAGGAGAGGACGAAGAGGAUUACACGCAAUCCACCGCAGAGGAGCAGGCGAGAAAAUUAGAAGCGGAAGCCAAUGCACUAUGGGAGGCGGAAGAAGAUAGGAGGAACAUGGAGCAAGACGAGGAGGAUUGCAAGGCCGCAACACGACUGGGAAUAGAUGGAUACGAUCCCGACGCAACUCUAGGGGAGCAGCUCCAUUGUGAACUCCGGGAAAGUGAUCGACAGGAGCGCAUUCUGAGCUGGGAACAGCGUAAGCAGUUACGUGAGGCCAAUAUGCGGGAGCGGGGAGGACGAAGAAGCCAGAAGAUGAAGAGGAAGCAAAGGAAAAAGAAGAAGAAGCCGCCACGAAAAGAGGAGAAGCUGAAGGAGGUCACGAAGAUGCCGCCUGAGUUAAGGGCUUCGGGGUUGCAUUUUUCACAGGUCGUAAGCUUUUGUUUUUUCUCAAGUGGAAAAGAACAAAAGGGCUAAGGACGUUCAGGAGAAUAAUGUAGCCCCAAAAAUUUCUAACCAUGGGCGCGAGUGUGGGACAGGUGCGAAACUGGAGGCGGAAGCAGAGGAGAAUGAUGGAAAGCCAGGAGGAGAAAGAGGCGCGGAAGAUGAAGAAAGACGCGAAGAAGAAGCAGAAAGCCGACAAAAAGGCAGAACGAGGAGCAGAGAAACCGAAGAAGAAGAAGGCGCGGGACGUUGGUGGGGCUCCAAGUCAUUGCCUAGUACGUAAGCAACGAAGGAAGAAAAAGAAGGAAGAGGCAGAGAGGGGCGCUUAA